CAGGCAUUGUUGAAGUUACAAUCCCCACUAGCCAAUAGUGCACCGACACGUCUUCAUCAACGUUCUUUUUCGACUAGAAGACCAAGAGCUAUUUAUCGGGGCUUUAAAUAUUCGGGCACAUACUUCGUGAAAUGGUUCACACAUGUUUUUUGCCCGUCUCUUGAGCCAAUUUAG